CAAAGCAUUCUGGGAGCUUCGCCCACCUUCCUGCUAUGCCCCGGCCUGACCAGGGGCCCUGGCAAAGAUGAUUCCUUGCUCCCCUGGGAUGGUCCGCUCCACCAUGGACUGCAGCGCCCCCCCCGCAAGGAUGGUCUGCUCCGCCACGGGCAGCAGCGCCUGCCUCCCCCCAGCUGGGAUGGUCUGCUCCGCCAUGGAUUGCAACGCCCCCCGCAAGGAUGGUCUGCUCCAUCACGGGCAGCAGCACCUGCCUCCCCCCAGCUGGGAUGGUCUGCUCCGCCAUGGACUGCAGCACCCCCCUGCAAGGAUGGUCUGCUCCGCCACGGGCAGCAGCGCCUGCCUCCCCCCAGCUGGGAUGGUCUGCUCCGCCAUGGAUUGCAACGCCCCCCGCAAGGAUGGUCUGCUCCAUCACGGGCAGCAGCACCUGCCUCCCCCCAGCUGGGAUGGUCUGCUCCGCCAUGGACUGCAGCACCCCCCUGCAAGGAUGGUCUGCUCUGCCAUGGGCACCGGCACCAGCGCCUGCCUGCUCGCCCCCUCCCCCACUGGGAUGGUCUGCUCCACCACAGAUGCCAGCGCCUCCUCCCCCCCAGCCAGGAUGGUCUGUUCUGCCAUGGGCACCUGCCCCCCCUUUCCCCCACCCGGGAUGGUCUGCUCCGCCACAGAUGCCAGCGCCUCCCCUCACCCUCCACAAGGAUGGUCUGCUCCCCCCUGGGCACUAGGGCGUGCCCCUACCCCCCUGCUGGGAUGGUCUGCUCCGCCAUGAUGCCAGUGGCUACCCCAUCCCCACUGUGGCACCCGGACCAGCCCAUUGCAGGCUCCCGGCCCCGCCCCUGUUGCUGUGGGGACUGUGGGGGGGACAUGGACACCUGCAAAGUGACGACUUUUAAUAAUGUUAAAUAUUUUGAGACCUGA